AUGAAGGACUGCGAGGCGGCCUGCAGCACAGGAGACUCCAGCUUGGCCACGGCCCCCCCUGAGGCCGCCCCUCCCCCGGUGGCCGAGGUGCAGUGCGUCUGCUGGAUGUGCUCCGUCAGGGAGGACUCUGUCAGGAAGCCCAUGGAGCACUGGUUGCAGAAGAAGGCGUGGUUCCCCUCUGGAUGGAGGACAAAAGCAGCCGGAGUUAGCUCCGAGCGCUGGCUGAGUUUAGGUAUUGAGGCUUUUAUUUUGAAGAGUGGUGGAGCCGGCCAUGAUGGCGCCGGGCAGGCAGUGGGUCGCCCGGAUGUGCUCCUGCAGGGAGUUGAUGUCCCCGAACAUGUCCGGGCAGUAGUUGCAGUGGAAAGCCGUGACGUUGGUGAACUGCAGCAGCGGGAACGCCGCCGCCACCGUGCCGCCGCCGGCGCGGUGCGCGCGCCGCACGUGCUCGUUGAGGUUGUAGAGGGUGGGCAGCGUCUCCAGGCACAGCUGGCAGGUGUGGCUCUGCUGGGGCUUGUCUGCGUGGAUGGUCUUCAGGUGGAUCUCCAGCACGGCCAGGCUGUGGAAGUCCUUCUUGGAGCAGUAGGGGCAGGAGUACGUCACCUUGGCCCAGCCGCCCCCCCCACCUGUGGGGCACAGCACCCUGCCUGGGGGCCCAGGACGCCGGCCGUGUCCUCGGCAGAGUCGGCGCCUCUCCGGCGGCCGCGCUCGCCGCCCUGGCUGUGCUUCAGGGUGGAGUCGGGGGUGGAGCCUCUCUCCAGGCUGGCGCUGGAGUCCGGCGUGGCGGAGCUCAUGGAGGCCACGCUGCCCAGCGCCGGGUCGGGGCUGGCGGCGCUGUGGAUGGAGGAGUCGGGCUGCCGGUGGCUGUCCAGGUGGCAGUACACGUCCUCCACCGAGGGGAACUGCUCCGAGCACACGGGACACCUGCAGCACGGAGAGCAGCUGUGGGCCCUGAUCCACAGCAGCGGCCCGGUUCUACAGCCCUGGUUCCCACAGGCCCGGUUCUACAGCCCUGGUUCCCACAGGCCCGGUUCUACAGCCCUGGUUCCCACAUACCGGUUCCCACAGCCCUGGUUCCCACAGACCCGGUUCCACAGCCUGGUCUGCACAGGCCCCGUUCCACAGGCAUGUAGAACCAGGCCUGGUUCCCACAGGCCCAGUUCCACAGGCCGGUUCCACAGGCCCGGUUCCCACAAGCCUGCCUGGUUCCCACAAGCCCGGUUCUACAGACCUGGUUCCCACAGACCGGUUCCCACAGCCUGGUCUCCAGAGGCCCAGUUCCACAGGCAUGAAGAACCAGGCCUGAGAACCGGGCCUGGCUCGGUUCUCAGGCCCGGUUGCGUUCCUUGCCCCUUACUUGUGUUUGCGGUUGGCGUGCUGCGUCUCGAUGUGCGUGAGCAGCGCGGCCUCGUCCAGGAAGAGCUCGGGGCAGUGGAUGCACUGCAGGUCGGCGCGGUCGGACAGCUGCGGGUGGCGGCGCAGCACGUGCUGCUCCAGAUCCUCCGUCUGGCUGAAGGUCUCCUCACAGUAGUCGCACAUGUACAGCUCCAGCUCCGCCUCCCCCUUACGGCCCUCCUUCUCCCCCCGCAGCGCCAGGUGCUCCCGGUUCUUGCGGUGGGCCUGGCCACCUCCUCCACCUCCUUCAUCUCUUUCACCUCCACAGCCACCUCCACCAUCAAAGGUGGAGGUGGGACGCUGGCUGCCUGGACAGUGUCUGUGGUCACUGCUGGUGUCGCGAUGCAGCACGAUGUUCAUCUGGAGGAUGCACAAAGCACUCGAUCUCCUCCAAACCUGAAUCAUCAGGACGCGAGUUAG